UAAAUAAACUCCUCUCCAACAGCACUGCAAAUAUUUUCUACAAAAUGAACCAAAAGCGCAAGCCAUGUCUCUUUCAUAGCAUCAUCAUCGGCCCCGUCUAACAACUUUAUCCAAGUCCAGUGGUAGCACUGAUUUCGAGCUCAAUUUAACAUCAACUUGGCGUGAGCAAACAUCUUCCAAAACCAAUAACUGUCUCAUUCUCUGUAUUCAUACACAACAAUAAUCAAACACACGCAUCAGCUUGGUAGGCUUCUGCUUCUGUUUUUAAAACACAGUCGAGGCAAGUUGAGACAACGGUCACUUUCUCAAUAGUGAGAUUCUCGUUUAGCCAAGUCACAUAAGGUCUAUACACAUAUAUGUCAACUGACAACUGACUCUGACUAAUGCAGUUGACUGCAAACUGUUAAUUAAGGGAGCAAGAUUUUGUGUUUUGUGGAUAAUUGCUAACCAAGUGCAAGGCAGUGAUAGUUGAAUAUACUUUGUGUGUGGUGUUACAUGACUAUGUCGACAAGUUCCUCCAAUAACCAGCAACUUUCUUCACGAGUAAGCAAUUUCACAUCUCUUGCACAAAACAACAUGCCACCUGGAACCGGAAAUGGAGGUGGUGGAGUUAACAACCAGGCAGUGCCAGUAAAUAACAUGGCGCUCAGCACGGGUGCUGGAAAUAUCGGAGGCCUCCAAAUACCGGGGAUACUUUCUCCUGCCAGCGCCCUGGAACAUUAUCGCCUCUCUCAGCUGUAUCAGUACGCCAUGGCUGCAGAACGACUCAGAUGUCCACCUGGCUCCUUCAUGCCACCCAUGCCGCCCGGAGUAAGACCAGAACUCUUCUAUGGACCCUACUGCAGAAUUGAUCCCAGACUUGCAGGCUUAUGUCGACCCCCAGAGGAACCAAAACCUCAGCAGAGCUAUAUCGGGCUCAUUGCAAUGGCAAUAUUGAGUUCACCGGAAAAAAAGUUAGUGCUGAGCGAUAUUUAUCAGUACAUUUUGGAUAACUUCCCCUAUUUCCGAGCACGCGGUCCGGGGUGGAGAAAUAGUAUUAGGCAUAACCUGAGUUUAAAUGACUGUUUUAUCAAGUCGGGAAGAUCGGCUAACGGAAAGGGUAAGUGUCACUUUUGGAGAAUCCACGACGCUAAUGUGGAUGACUUUACCAAAGGGGACUUUCGUCGUCGUCGAGCCCAGCGGAAAGUCCGCAAGCACAUGGGGCUCGCUGUGGACGAUGAAGAUUCUCCCAGCCCCCCACCUUCGUCCCCACCCCCAAUAUGGCACCAUCCUCAUCACCCCCUCAACCACGGCGGUGUGGGUCACAUGGGAAAUCCCAUGAAUCUCGCUGGGUCACCACCAGGCCCAGGUUUAGAUCCUGCCACCCUGUUUGGUCUUACAGCCGCCGCUGCUGCCAAUUUGAGCCAGAAACCACCAACAGGUCAUCACCAUCACCAUCCCAGUCACCUCCAUUCCGUCAAUCAAACUCUAAUGUUGAGUCGAAAGCGUCAAUUUGAUGUCGCUUCUCUGCUCGCACCAGAAAAGGAUCGAAGUCACCUAUCUCCAGUAUCAUGCAAAAGUGAUGAGAACAGUCUCUCUAGUCCCAGUCCACCCCCAACCAUGAUCAAAAGAAUGAAUGUAGGCAAACAAAGGAAUGCUGAAGAUUCUUCAACUUCUGAGCAUUCAGAGAACGAGGACAUUGAAGUGACAGAAGAUGAUACUCGAGAGAAGAGUGAGGAAAGGAUUCCUUUGGGAGACAUUGAUGAUGAUCGCAAGAAGAUUGAGAGUGAGCACAACGAGUCUGCUAAUAACAAUUCUCAUGUGCAGCAGCAGCAGCGAAGAUCGUCGUCUGCGGGGCAAGGUGGGAAUUCCAGCAAUGACGACGAAGACAAUGAGAAUCAAUCUCGGCAUCUCAACAGUGGUCAACAAUUUGGGCUGAUGGGUAUGAACAACUCGGGCAGCAACAACCCCUUGAAUUUUGCUGGAUUUCAUGGUCACGGUCAAUUGAAUCAAGACUCAUUUUCACAAUCAAAUCUUCCUCCUCAUGGAAUUAUGCUGCCAUUAGACUUCAUCCAAGCCCAGCAUUUUAUUCAACAUCAUCAAAGUCAAAGUGGUGGUGGAGCUGGGUUACAAAAUCCUUCAAAUAACCCGUCAUCCCAACUCCAGUCCUCAAAUUCGAGCUUCCCGUUUGGUCCCGGAGGUCAAAACAUACUCCAGCAGAACUCAUCGUUAGCAUCAUUAAUGAUUCUUUCAUCCAGAUACAAAGAACUCACAUCAAGUAUGAUUAUAGCGAGCAGACGGUCCCCUCAAUAAAUACUCAAUCCAAUAAGUUGCUGUUCAUUUUCAAUGCGUUGAAUGCUAACAAGGCAGUGUUUCUCUAUUCCAGUCGAACCUUGGCUCCUCACAUGCAUAUACUCACUCCCUCACUCAUUAGUAUUCCUGGCUCAUCUUGGAUUUCUGAUGGGCUAAUAAAAAUAGCAGUUAUUGGUUGUCCUCCUGUCACGAUUAUCAUAGUCCAAGUCUUAAUCUUUUAAUUGAUAGACCAACCCAAAUCUGACAAAAGAGAGAAACGGCUGCAAGAUUUGACAUGAAUGACACGAAAUAAAUAUUUUGGUGAGACAAAAAGGCAAUCGGUGAAUCCAAUAAGGAAUUGUGAUGUCCCUUUUACAUACGUUAAUUUUUUAUAAUUGUUCUUUUUUAAUUCAUUAUAAAUGCAACAAUUAUUAAUUUAUAGUAAGAUAAUCGUAAAAUAGAAAUGUCUAAUACGUCACUGUUACUUAAUUGUUUUUAUUAAAUACAAAUUAGAACGUUACUCAAAACACAACGAAAUAAAAAUGAUUUAAAAA